AUGAACGUCACAAACUCAACUGUGUGUGUUAAGAUUGGAGAAAGUGCCUUCAGCGACUUCCUGAUGUCUGUUUACAUCCUGGCUUUUAUCUUUGGCUUGAUCUUCAAUGUACUGACUCUGUUCCCAAUUAUUCACCAAGUAAGGCAGCAAAAUAUUCUAGGAAUCUUCCUGCUCAGCCUUUCCAUAUCCGACAUGCUUUUCAUCUGCACCAUGCCUCUCUGGAUAAACUAUUACCGACACGACCACAACUGGAAGCUAGGUGCUGCAUCCUGCAGCGUGGCUGGCUUUUUCUACUACUCCAACAUGUACAUCAGCAUCUACUUGCUCUGUUGCAUCUCUGUGGAUCGCUGUCUGGUGGUCUGCUACCCGCUGCACUUCAAGGCCCACCGAUCAUCUCACUAUGCGUGGGUGCAGUGUGCCGUUGUUUAUAUUCUAACGGUUGCACUACACAUCUUUGUGUUGAUCUACGACAAUCUCAAAGACGCCCAUGACGAUGAAAACAGCCUCGACCGUUGUUAUGAGAAGUACCCAAUGGAGAAGCCAGUGGCUAUGUUUAACCUGCUCCGGGUGGGCUUCGGCUUUCUGCUGCCCCUGCUGGUAUUGGCUGUGAGCUACUGGAGAGUGCUGGCCACCGUGGGACAAAGUCCUGGCCUGAGUGCCCAGGCUAAGAGAAAAGUCCGUCUGCUCUCUUUCGGAGUAAUCGGUAUCUUCUCAUUUUGCUUUGCUCCAUAUCACAUUCUGUUGCUCAUACGCUCGCUGGUCUUUUACAAUGCUAGUGACCACACGGCAGGAGGAAGUUACUGCCAGUUUGAACAAAAGACGCACUUCUAUUUCUCAUGCACACUGGCGAUGUCCAGUCUGAACAGCGUGGUGGACCCAGUGCUCUAUGUCCUGGUCACCAAUGGACUCAAGGAGAAAUUGAAAGUGUGCUGUAAAAAGCAGGAACGCAUACCGACAGAAGACCGUGCUUUAACAGCAUCCAACAAAGGAAAGUCCAAUAGUUCUGGCUUCAUAUAA